AUGGGGGAUGAGUCACUUCCCUCGCCGGCAGUGAUGACUAACCGCUUCUCCUUCGGGAGCAAUGACACGCUGAAGCUACCGCACCAGCCGUUAGGCACGCAGGGAGUCAUCACCUCAAAUCCGCUAUCUGCUGACUACAUGAUACAAGUUUCUAAUUCCAGGGCAGCACUACAUGCCAUUGAAUCAAUAGUUAUUGGGUGGUCACAUCAGAUUCAUCACACUGUGUGUAGGGAUUCUGCUGAACCUCUUCUGCAUGGCCGUCAUCUAGACCCCCAAACUGAGCUGAACUUCUGGAAAGCAAGAAAAGACAGUCUUUUAUAUAUAAGUAAGCAACUUCAGAGUCCUGUUGUUCAAAAAAUGAUUAAGAUCUCAAAAGCCAAAGAAAGCAUCUAUUAUCCUGCUUCUCAGGGCAUUUUCAAGGAAGUAGAAGACGCACUUGUAGAAGUGAAAGAUAUUGAUCUGCAUCUGAGACCAUGGGGAAAAUACAUUCAGCUGUUUCGAGAGAAUGAAUUCCCAGAGAUCUGUAAUUUAAUCCCACCUUUAUUUCUCCUGAUAUGGAGCCACUCAGAGUUCUACAGCAUGCCUGUGUGAAUAGUAGUUCUGCUACAGGAGUUUUGCAACUUGCUUAUUGACCAGUCUAAGUUGUAUCUUUCACCAGAAAAUGUUUUCAAGGGAGAAACUGAAGAAGCACUAAGGCAUGUGAAAAUAGCUAAAACUGCCUUAAAAAACUUUAAGGCUUCAUUCUUUCGUCACAGAAACAGACUGGAGAGUUACUUCGCCUUUGGCAAGGGAUUUAAACCAUGAGAUUUCAGAUCUGAAAUGGUUUUCAGAUUUUUUAUGUUCCUCAACAUCUUACUGAAGACUGACGAAAUUUUCAUUAUCAUGUUGGAAUUUCAAAAGCUGAAAAAGCUGGAGCUUGGUGGAAUCAAGGGGAAAAUUUUACGUGAGCAGAUCUGCAAAAUGAAUGAAGAGUUUCUGGAAAGCUGUGAGGUUUUCAGAAAGAGAACAUAUGAUCGUGGUAACAUUGUACCCUGCACACAGGCGUUUGUGCUGUUAUUUCCUUGUUUAUUUAAAAGUAUCUGUGAACUUGGAGGCUGUGAAACUGGGAAUUUUAUAGUGCUGAAUGGAACUAGGCAUGAGAUAGACUUCCAGCACAGCUGGGUUCAGUGUCUACCAGUUCUUCUUCAAACAGAGGCUGGUGAUGGCUUUUAUGACCUAGUAGAUGAGCUCCUGGGUGAUGUUUUCCGAAUGUCUGCCCAGGUGAAAAGGGUAGCAGCACAGCUGGGAUCAGAACACUACCAGGAGAUUAUGGAGAGAGUGAUAAAUGUUACCAAUGAAGCCCUGGAUUACAGAAUUUCUCUUGCUAGCUACACGUCUCUACUGGAGUACCGAUCAGAGUUUAUGAAGCAGUUCCUUCUCCGUCAUGGUUUAUCAUCCACAGAGAUUCCUCUUACUGAUGAAGUCUCUCAACAGUCUUUCACUAUUAAACUGUUUAAAGAGCUAAUUGACAUCUAUGAAAAUAUUUAUGCUCAGGUAAGCAACUUUGAAGACUGAAAAGUUUUUGAAAGUUGGUUUAAAGUGGAUACGAAGCCUUUCAAAAUGAGCUUGCUAAACAUUAUUAACAAAUGGAGCUGGAUGUUUAAGGAGUAUCUCCUGAGAUUUGUUGUUGCUAGUCUAACUGACUUAGAAUAAUUUAUAAAAGUCGCAGAUGCUGGAAUCUGAAGAGAGGUGACCGAGGGAGAUUACUGUGUGCUGGUAGAAAUCAUGGUCCAUCUCUUGGCUGUGAAGAACAGACAACUGCUGAUGAACUCUUUGAACCUUUAAAAAAAGAUGAUUCCAUUGUUAGAAAACUGUGGACAGAAGAUACCAUGCCAAGUUCAUGCCCAGUUAGAGGAAUUGCCUGGAAAAUGGAAUGCCCUUGAGAGAUGUGCGGUAAAGCACAAAGUAGCUCCUCUUCAGGUAUCUGAGGCUGCAGUUACCAGAAGAAAAUUCACUUUACUUGAUGCAAAUCAAGAAUUUGAGAUGUUGGAAAGAGAAAUGUCACCAAUUCAGGAAUCUGCAAAACUAUAUGAAGUAGCUAUUCUAGACUACAAGCAAGGAAUACAGUUUUUGGAUAAAGAAGUUCAUUCAUGGGAUGUAUAUAGAGGCUUGGAGUUAAAGGUCAGGCUUUUAGUAGCAGAAGAUACUACCUUGACAGACCUUCUGGGGAUCCAGCUUCAUAAAGUAGAAGAUGAAGUCCAAAGUAUAGCUGACAACACUGUGAAAGAGUUGAGUACUGGAAAGAUUUUGGCAGAAAUCAGGUGAACAUAGUCUGCCACGGAGUUUUCUUAUAAAGAGUGUCACAGGAACAGAGCUCCUUUAUUAAAGUCAAGUAAACAGCUGCUUGAAACUUUAGAUAACAACCAGAUUCAGCUGCCAAUGAUUCUGAAAAGUAAAUAUGUGGCAUAUUUCACUGAACAAGUGAAAGGUUGGCAAAAUAAAUUAAACAUGGCAGAUUCUGUCAUUUCCAUUUGGAUGGAAGUUCAACACACAUGGUCUUAUGUAGAUACCAUCUUCACUGUCUCUGAAGAUGUCAGAAGCCAGCUUCCAGAGGAUGCAAACAGAUUUGAUGAAAUAAACAGAGAUUUCAAAGUAGCCCAUCAUCUUGCCAAACUUUUUGACAACAUUGCUGAUGUUAAAUUUCAAGACAAUAUAGAGGAAUCUGUAAAUACUGCCCUUGGAUGUACAACAGAGAAAAGGAAGUCUUGGUUGCAGCACCUUGAGGAAAUUGUACACAAAACAGUGCGUCUCUGCAUCACAGAUGUGAUGCUGGCCUAGGAGGAGAACAGAAUGGUGGUUUUUUUUGACUAUCCAGCCCAGGUUGCACUUACUGGUUCACAAAUCUGGUGGGUUUCAGAUGUUGAAAUGGCAUUCAGUAGACUGGAAGAGGGCUGUUCAGCCUUGAAGGGUUGCCACAAGAAGCAGGUCGCAUAGCUAAAUGCUCUUAUUACUGUGCUGCUUGGCAAACUUUCCUUGGGCAAUUGACAGAAAAUCAUGACCAUUUGCACUGUAGGUGUUCACAGUAAACAUGUUGUUGCAAGCCUUGUAGCUCAGAAAAUCACCAGUUCCUGAGUUUUUGCUUGUCUGUCACAGCUACACCAUAGAUGGGAUGAAACCCAGAAACACUGUUUUGCCAACAUUUGUGAUGCUCAGUUUCAGUAGUUUUAUGAGUACUUGGGAAAUACCCCUCGGCUAAUUAUUACACCUUUGACUGACAGGUGUUAGGUUACUCUAACCUAGUCUCUCCACUUAGCAACGAGAGGUGCUGCUGCAGGACCAGCUGGCGCAGGUACAAGAGAGACCACCAAAGACCUAGGCCAUGCCCUUGGUGUGAUGGUGUAUGUCUUCAGCUGUUCUGAGCAAAUGGAUUACAAAUCUGUAGGGAGUAUCUAUAAAGGUUUGGUCCAGACAGGAGCUUGGGAAUGGUCUGAUGAAUUCAGUCACAUUUCAGUAGAAGUUCUGUCAGUGAUGGCAGUACAAGUAAAGUCUAUCCACAAUGCAAUUAGGAACAAGAGAAAAGAAUUUUUAUUCAUUGGUGAAAACAUUACAUCGAUGUCGUCAGUUGGAAUAUUUAUUACCAUGAACCCAGGAUAGUAUGCAGGUCAGACAGAACUACCUGAAAACCUCAAAGCUCUGUUCAGACCCCAUACCAUGGCUGUCCCUGACCUUGAAUUGAUCUCUGAAAUUAUGUUGGUUGCUGAAGGGUUUAUUGAUGCACAUCAAGCCAGGAAGUUUAUUACCUUGUAUGUUCUCUGCAGGGAGCUGCUUUCUAAACAGAACCAUUAUGACUGGAGACUUUGUGUUACCAAGUCAGUUUUGGUAGGCGGCUCACUGAAACGAGGAGACAAGAACAUACCUGUGGAUCAGGUGCUUAUGCGAGCCUUAAGAGACUUCAGUUUGCCUAAAAUAGUGACAGAUGAUAUCCCAACUUUCACAGGCCUGAUCAAUGACCUGUUUCCAGCUGAGGAUGUUCCAAGGAAGAGGAACCUGCAAUUUGAACAGAUGGUUGAACAAUCUACCCUGGAGCUUCUCUUGCAGCCUGAAGAGAGCUUUAUUCUUCAAGUUUUUCAGCUGAAGGAGAUGCUGGCAGUUCACUCUGUGUUUUUCGCUGGAAAUGCAGGGACUGGAAAGAAUAAGGUGCUGGAAGUUAUGCAUCACACUUACAUCAACAUGAAACAAAAACCUGUCUGGAAUGACCUUAACUCAAAAGCUCUGACAGCUGCUGAGCUGUUCGGUUUUAUACUCCACGCACCCUGAGAAUGGAAAGGUGGUCUCCUGUCAUCUCCUCUGAGAGACAAAGGUAAUAGCACCCAUGAGGGGUCAGAAUGGUUAGUUUUAGAUGGGAACUCAGGUCCUAUGUGGAUUGAGUUGCUCAACACUGUUAUGGGUGGUAAUAAGGUUCUGACCCUUACAAGCAAUGAAUGUGUGCCUAUGACUUCGUCAAUGCGACUGCUGUUUGAAGUACACCAUUUAACAGCUGCCACCCCAGCUACAGUAUUCAUAGCUGGUAUUUUCUACCUGAACAGCCAGGACCUGGGGUGCAAUCUUUAUGUUGCCAGCUGGAAAGAAACAAGGAGAUACUAAUCUGAAAAGGCUAACUUGACUGUUCUCUUUGUUAAAUGUGUGCCUCCUUGCUUUGAACGACUCAGAACAAGAUUUGAAACUGUUACUCCUAUUCUUGAGAAUAGUAUGGUGCAAACACUCUGUUCUCUGCUGAAUUGUUUUCUGACCCCUGAAAAUGUGCCAAUGGAUUGCCCCAGAGAGCUCCAUGAAAUGUAUUUUGUUUGUAUUUGGGAAUUUGGUGGGGCACUCUCUCAAGAUCAGCUUUCAAAUUACCAAGCUGAAUUCAGCUGCUGGUGGCUUAAGAAGAUGAAAGCAGUGAAGUUUCCAUCCCUGCAUGUGGUGUUCGAUUAUUACCUUGAUCCAGAGACAAGGAAUUCCCUGCCCUGGGUAGAUAAGGUCCUGAGUCCUGAUGUGGAUCCAGAUGCACCCCUGGCAGGUACAGCAAUCUUCGUUCACACAUCUGAGACUGCAUGUCUCAAAUAUUUUAUUGAUUUGCUCUUAACAAAAGGCAAACCAAUCAUGCAUGUUGGAAAUACCAGAGUAGGAAAAACAGUGUUUGUAGGUGAUAGGCUUGCUGCUCUCACUGCAGUCCUCCUGGCUAACAUCCCUCUCAACUAUUACACAACAUCAGCAGUGCUCCAGAAAACCUUGAGCAAGAGAUGCCUGAAAAAAAAGGGUCACAACUAUGGUCCAGUAGGAAAUAAGAAAUUUAUCUAUUUUAUUGAUGAUUUGAAUAUGCCUGAAGUGGAUAGAUAUGGAGUGGUUCAGCCUCAUGCGCUGAUUUGCCAGCAUAUAGAUUAUGGACACUGGACGGGCAUUCUGUUUACUGCACCCAAGUGUUUACAGCAACCAAAUGUUCUUCAGUGUCUCUGGCUUCAUGAAUCAGAACAUGUCUGUGGGGAUAAAUGGGUGGAAAACAAAGACUGUAAUUUCCUUUAUAAAAUUAUGAUGGACAGCGUGCACAAGGAUUUUGAGAAUAUGGAAGACCAAGUGUUUCUGCCAUCUCUGCUCUUCUGUUGCCAUUUUGCAAACAGCAGAGCAGACCCUUGCUACAAGCCAGUGAAAGGGUGGGGACCACUGAGGAAAAUACUUGAGGAGUCCCUAGAAAGCUAUAAUGAAAUGCAGGCCUUUGUGAACCUAGUCUUAUUUGAGGGUGCCAUGCAGCACAUAUCCAGUCGUAUCCUAGAAGCCCCUAGGGGUGAUGCACUUCUGACUGGAGUAGGUGGUAGUGGUAAACACAGCUUGUCAGGGCUGGCAGCACACAUCUGCUCCCUGGAGGUUUUCCAAAUCACAGUGAAGAAAGACUACAGGAUCCAGCACCUGAGGGUAGAUCUUGCCAGUUUGUAUGUCAAGACUGGUGCCAAGAACAUGCCCACAGUGUUUUUGUUGACAGAUGCCCAGGUUCCAGAUGAACGCUUUCUUGUGCUGAUUAAUGACUUGUUGGCAUCAGGAGAGGUUCCAGGUCUGUUCAGUGAUGAAGAUGUGGAGGGCAUAGUUACAGGAGUCAGAAAAGAAGUCUGAGCCCUGGGCCUGAUGGACAACAGAGAAAGCUGCUGGAGGUUCCUCUCGAGGAGAGUGCGGCUGCAGAUAAAAACCAUUCUGUGUUUCUCUCCUGCCGGUGCCAGGCUGCGGGCGCACGCUCGGGAGUUCCCAGCCAUCGUUAGCUGAACCACUAUUGACUGGUUCCACGGGUGGCCGUGGGAGGCCCUGUGCUCCGUCAGCAGGAGGUUCGUUGAGGAAUCCAAAGGAAAAGAACCUGUGAACAGAGACUCCAUCUGUGAUUUCAUGGCUUAUGCCUUCACCAGUGUGAAUAUGCUCAGUGCCAAAUAUAAUCAUAAUGAGAGGCGAUACAAAUACACCACUUCGAAGACUUUUCUGGAGCAAAAUGCUCUCCUAGAGAAGAAAAGCAAGAUGUCAGGACACAUGGAGAACUUGGUGAAUGGCAUGCAGAAGCUGAAGGCAUCAGUUUUCCAGGUAGAAGAUCUAAAAUCCGAACUUACUUCUCAAGAGGCAGAACUGCAACUGAGAAAUCAAGAUGCUGAAGCUUUGAUUGCUCAGAUAGGGUUUCAGACUGAGAAAGUGAGCCAAGAAAAGGCCACUGCAGAUGCAGAGGAGCAAAAGGUCACAUCCAUACAGGUAGGUGUUUUUUAUCCACAAAAAGAAUGUGAGGAUGACCUGCCGAAAGCUGAACCUGCUCUUGCUGCUGCUGCAGCAUCCUUAGGUACAUUCAAUAUGGUAAAUCUUACAGAACUGAAAAACUUCACCAACCCACCAAUGGCUGUAAUCAAUGUUAUUGCUGCAGUAAUGGUUUUACUGGCAUAUAAAGGGAAGGUGGCCAAAGACCAAAGCUGGAAAGCUGCAGAAGUCUUUAUGAGAAAGGUAAGUGACUUCUUAGAAGCUUUAAUGGGUUAUGAUAAGGAACAUACUCCUCAGAAUUGUCUGAAAGUUGUCAAGGAACGUUACUCAAAGGAUCCAGAUUUCAACCCAAAUUAUGUUUGUACAAAAUCCUUUGCAGCAGCUGGUCUCUGUGACUGGGUCAUCAAUAUAUUAAAAUUUGAUGAGUUGUGUGUAUAUUGUGAGGUAGAGCCAAAAUGUUGUGCAUUGGUCCAGGCAAAUGCUGAAUUAACAGCAGCUACCGAAAAACUAGGAGCCAUCAGGAAAAAGUUUAUUGUUCUGAACAGCAAUCUGUGUAACCUCACAGCUUCACUCAAGAAAGCAGUUGCAGAGAAAGUCCAACAUUAAGGUGAUGUGAGCCAACCAAACAAAACUAUUGACCUGGCUAAUAGGUUGGUCAAGGGAUUUGAGUCUGAAAACAUGCGUUGGAGCCAGUCCAUUGAAAUCCUCAAAGCACAAAAGGAAGCUUUAUGUGGUGACAUCUUAUUAACAGCAUCAUGUGUGUCUUACUUUGGAUCCUUCACAAAACAUUAGCACCAGGUACUGAUGGAACAUUUCUGGAUUCCCUUUCUAAAGUUACAGAAGGUUCCUAUUCCUGUGACGGAGGGCCUGGACUCAAUUGCCAUGUUGACGGAUGAUGCUACGAUUGCGGCAUGGAGUAACGAGGGACUGCCCGGUGAUGGGAUGUCAACAGAAAAUGCCACUAUUCUAACAAACUGCGAGUGCUGGCCUCUGAUGAUAGAUCCCCAGCAACAGGGAAUUAAAUGGAUAAAGAAUAAAUAUGGAGCUGACCUUAAAGUCGUACGUCUAGGACAAAAAGGUUUUCUGAAGACCACUGAAAGAGCUUUGGCUUGUGGAGAGACUGUACUAAUCAAAAACAUGGAUGAAUCUAUUGAUCUCAUACUUGAUCCCCUGCGUGGAAGACAUACUGUUAAAAAUGGAAAAUAUAUCAAGAUUAAAGACAAGGAAUGUGAAUUCAACAAGAAUCUCCAUCACAUCCUUCACACUGAACUGGCUGCCCCUCACUACAAGCCAGAACUGCAGGCUCAGACCACCCUCAUUAAUUUCACUGUCACCAGGGACAGGCUGGAGGACCAGCUGUUGGCUGAGGUUGUUAAUGCUGAGAGGCCAGACUUAGAAAAAAGUGAGUCAGUCCUGGCCAAGCAGUGGAACCGUUUCAAGACUGAGCCCAGGCAGCUGGAGGAUGACAUGCUGCUCAGCCUGUCAGCUGCUCAGGGCAGUUUCUUAGAUGAUGAACUUGUAGAGAAACUCAUAUCAACAAAGUCAACUGCAGCAGAAACAUGGCACAAGAUAGCUGAAGCCAAAGAAAACGAAGCUCAGAUUAACGUGACAAGAGAGCAUUACAGACCAACACCCAUAAGAGCAUCCAAUCUUUACUUCGUUAGUAGCAGUCUGGGCAGCAUCAACCCCAUCUACCAGUUUUCAAUGAAGGUCUUCAAUGCGGUCUUCCACAGAGCUAUUAAGCAGGCUGAAAAAUCAGGGCAUAUUCAGUGUUGUAUCUCAAAGCUGACAGAAGCCGUCACAUAUUCAAGCUUUCUUUUCACAAGCCAAGGACUUUUUGAAAAGGAUAAGCUCAUUUUCUUGGCCCAAACAGCUUUUCAGAUUCUUCUAAGAAGUAAGGAGAUAGAACUCUUUGAAUUGGACUUCCCUCUUCAAUUGAGUGCAAAGGUUGAACACACUUACAAGACUACUGUUGACUUCUUAACUACUCAGUCAUGGAGUGCCAUUAAGGCUAUGGAAGUGAUUAAUGUGUUCAGGGGGUUAAAUAAAGAUACUGAAAGAUCCACCAAGAGGUGGAAGAAGUGGGUGGGCUCAGAAUGUCCAGAAAAGGAAAAUGUCUCCCAGGAAUGGACAAACAAAAGCUCCCUUCAGAAAUUAAUCAUACUAAGGGCACUCCAUCAAGACAGAAUGACGUACGCUUUUAGGAACUUUGUGGGAGAAAAGCUUGGCUCAAGUUAUGUGGAAAGCACAAGAAUGGACUUAGCAAAAUCAUAUGAAGAAAGCAGUCCAGCCACUCCUGUGAUUUUCAUUUUGUCUCUGGGAGCAGAUCCACUUGAAGAUAUUGAGAUUACAGGCAAAAAGCUUGGGUUCACUAAAGACUGUGGAAGAUUUCAUAACAUCUCUCUUGGACAGGGGCAGGAGACGGUUGCAGAGGCAGCACUCAAGAAGGCUGCCAGACAUGGCCUUCAGGUUCUUUUCCAAAAUAUUCAUCUAGUAGCCAAGUGGCUAGGAACCUUGGAAGAAGUCCUUGAGCAAUACAGUGAAGAAAGUCACCAUGAUCUCCAUGUCUUUAUCAGUGCUGAACCAACUCCGAGUCCAGAAAAGCACAUAAUUUCUCAAGGAAUUCUAGAAAACUUGAUUAAAAUUACCAGUGAGCCUCCUACAGGGAUAAUGGCUAAUUUGCAUGAUUCUUUCUACAGUUUUGACCAGACAAAAGAUACCCUUGAACUGCGUACCAGAGGAGGGGAAUUUAAAAGCAUCCUUUUUUCUCUGUGCUAUUUUCACGCUUCUGUUGCUGGGAGACUGAAGUUUGGCCCUCAGGGCUGCAUGGGGUACCUGCUCAGUGCUAGAGAUCUCGCCGUCUCCAUCACUGUCCUCUGCAAAUCCUUAGAGACCCAUACGAAGGUUCCAGCGGAAGACUUGCAUUAGUACCUCUUUAGUCAGAUCAUGUACAGUGGCCACUUCACUGACGCCUGGGACCGCAGGCUCUGCUGUAUAUAUCUGCACGAAUUCAUCAGCCCACCUGUGCUUGAAGGGGAAUUGGCUGUGGCAGCAGGUUUCUUGGCCCCACCAAAUUUGGAUUAUGCUGCAUAUCAUAAAUACAUAGAUGAAAUGCUACCAUCUGAAAGUCCUGUACUAUAUGGACUGCACCAAAAUGCUGAGAUGGGAUACUUGACAACAAUGUCAGAUAAUCUCUUCAAAACUCUUUUGGAAAUGCAACCUGUGAAUUUAUUUGUAGGAGAGGGAGCAGCCCAGUUUGCAGAGGAAAAGGUUAAGAAUGUUCUGGGUGAUAUUCUGAAGAUGCUUCCUGAGGAGUUUAACAUGACAGAAAUCAUGCAGAAGACUACUGCCUGGAGCCCCUAUGCCCUUGUUUGCCUUCAAGAGUGUGAGAGGAUGAACCCCUUCCUUUCAGAGAUCCGCAGAUCUCUUAAACAGCUGGACCUCAGUCUAAAGGAGGAGUUGAUGUUUUCUCCUCACGUGGAAACGCUGUAAUCUGCACUUUCCUAUGAGGCUGUGCCAGACACAUGGACUAAACUGGCAUAUCCAUCCACAUACAGCCUUGCCCACUGGAUUACCAAUCUUCUCAUGCAGUAUGGAGAACUUGACAUCUGGACACAGAACCUUGUGUUGCCAGCAGCGGUGUGGCUUUCUGGCUUGUUCAAUCCUCAGUCCUUUCUGACAGCUGUAAUGCAAAGCAUGGCAUAAAAGAACAACUGGCCUUUGGAUAAGGUGUGCUUGACUGCAGAUGUUACCAAAAAGACCAAAGAUUACGGCCACCUAUGAAGGGAAGGAGACUAUAUUUGUUGACUUUUCAUGGAAGGUGCCUGGUGGGACAUCCAGCUGGGGGCCAUAGCUGAAGCCCAGGUCAAGGAAUUAACUCCAGCAAUUUUUUCCAGGUUGUAACAAAGGGCUAUUCCAGUGGAUCAAAGGGAAAAACCAGUUUAUAAAACCAAAAGCAGAGUUUUCACUUUCAAUGUGAAAAACAAGGAGAAGCCAGCUAAAUGGGUUCUGGCAGGAGUAGCUUUACUCUUGGCAGUGUAGUACUAAGCUUUCAAUAUUACCUGCUGCUUUCUCAAUCUGCCUCCUAGUUAAAGCAAAAGGAGAUAAAUAUUUUUCAGAGUGAGCUGGAGCAGGAGAUUUGCCUCACAGAAUCACAAUCCUUAGUGCAACACUUACAUGGCCUGGUGUUAUUUCCUCAUCUGUCAGUGCUCUGUUCAUGUCUUUCUCCACAUAAUGAUUACUGAUCUGCAAGCAUUCCUUCAUUACACCAGCUACAGGAAAGUAAAUGGGAAACAGCAGCAUCUGGGUGUAGCUUGACUCACAAAAUACUCCUCUUCAUUAUUUUUAUUUUUAUUUUCUCUACAUAAAAUGAAAUGAGUAUCUUACAAGAAUUUUAACAUAAUCUUACUGCAGUACAAACAUCGUGCAUUUAAACAAAGGUGUUUGAAAGCUUGGUUGUACAUAUGAAAAAACAUCUAAGUAUGAACUGUAUGAAAAAAAGUAAUCCUGAAUUUGUGACAGUUAACCAGUUAUACGAUAUGCUGUAAGAUAGCUGGAUCAGGGAGCAGGUGCAUCUCACAAAAAUGGCUGGUGAGCAAUUCUUUUUCCUUAUUGGAAUGGUAUUUGAAAUUCUUUAAAUUUUUUUUUGUUUGUUUUACAAAACACUCUUCCACUUUCAUGUUUCAGUGAUUAAUUGCACUUCGGAAUAGAAGUAAGAGUCAUCCUCCCAUAGGUAGACUGAAUCAGCUUUGGCUGGAAUAUAAUGGCAUUCAGAUAGAAGUAGCCUUCCCUUCUUUGCAGGGACAAGUUCCAUAACCUAUUCCUCCACUUGUAGUUUCAGAAAGCAAGGGCUAGAAAACUGAAUCUUUAUUGUCAAGCUGGAACACAAAGGGUUUUUUGUUUCUUUAAAGAUGGGGUAGGCUUUACAGAUAGUUGUUAAACACUCUUUCUGCAAACUUUAACAAUUACAUAAAUAAAAAUAUUGCUAAAAUUGA